AUGAUCGUGCUUGGCUGGAUGAUUUUUGUUGGACUUGCGUGUUACAUGGGCACAUUUCCAGAGUUCAUGGCUCCAACUCUGAAGUGGAAAGAGAGGUGGCCUGUUCAGGAGAGUAAGGGAUCGCGGAGGGUCUGGACUGUGGGUGAAGAUCUGCAAUGGUGA